AUGAGCCACAGAAAUGACACUGCCUCCGGACAGACCCCGGCACCCGGGUUAAGCUCUUCCAUCAGCCGCGAUACCAGCUGGGGACCAUCUGAUCGCCAGGGCCCCGCCAGUGCAACCUCGUAGGAGCCGAAGCUCGGCCCCACCGCGCAAGUGAACCAGGUUUCCCCUCUGGCGCUACGCUCCCAGCCCAGUGUUUUGACCAGCUUCCCCAUGCGAGGCCCUCCAGUACCAAACAUGACGGUCUCCACCGCCGAGACUCUUCGCCUACGAGUCCUGGUUCCGAUGCACGCAACAAACCGACGCAUCCUGCGAUCGCAACUCCUGGUGACAGAAAACGUCCCCAACAUGAUAAAACAUUCAGACCAGAAGUACCUGAUCGUCCACAUGCCCCGUUCUGUGAAAAUUGGCUCCUGCGCCGGCGGUCCCGACAGCAUGGGACCCGUACACUUUCCCAGCAGUCGGGUCGGGGCGACUGGUUUUGACUCGUCCGAUUGUGAAUAA